GAGGCCUUGGGCCUGGGAGCAGACAUAAUUCUACUCCAGAGGAGAAGGGCUUUGGACAGAGGAAGGUUGGAUCCUGAUUCACCCUCAGGUUCAGCCUCCCUGUCAGGCCUCAGCGGGCAGGAGGUGUUGGUGUGCAUCUGUUGCCAGCCCUCUCCAGGCUUUGCUGGGCCCCCGCAGCCUCCUGAGAGCAUGAAGGGCAGCCUGACCCUGGUUGGGAUCCUCUGGGCCGUGCUGUCACUGCUCACCGCUGUGGCUAGCACCGCCAGCUACUUCCUGCCCUACUGGCUCUUUGGUUCCCAGCUUGGGAAGCCCGUGUCCUUCAGCAUGUUUCGACGCUGCAACUAUCCUGUCCGUGGUGAAGGGCGAAGCCUGGUGAUGGUGGAAGAGUGUGGCCGCUAUGCUAACUUCAACGCCAUCCCCAGCCUGGCCUGGCAGAUGUGCACCGUGGUGACAGGCACCGGCUGUGCUCUGCUUCUCCUGGUGGCUCUGGGGGCCAUCCUGGGCUGCUGCAUGGAUGACCUCAUCUCCAGGAUCAUGGGCCGAUGCAUGGGAGCGGCCCAGUUCGUGGGAGGUCUGCUGAUUGGUGCAGGCUGCGCCUUGUACCCCCUAGGCUGGAACAGCCCUGAAGUGAUGCAGACCUGUGGGAACACCUCCAGUCAGUUUCACUUAGGUACCUGCCAGCUUGGUUGGGCGUACUACUGUGCUGGGGGUGGAGCGGCAGCAGCCAUGCUGAUCUGCACCUGGCUAUCCUGCUUUGCUGGAAGACUUCCCAAGCCCAUCGUGAAUUCCUCCACCAUGGAGCUGGACCAUUGCCUCCACCCCUGA